UUGGGGAUUGCUGGACAGACACUGUUGUUUUUUUCAAUUUUGACUGCACAAGAGUGGUUUUAUGGUGUCCCUUGUCCUGGAAAAAAUAAUAAUAAAGCACCACAAAAGAGAGUGGAUCCUGGGCAGCAAGCUCAGGUGUGGUCAGGAUGACCAGCACGGAGCUAAGGCGAUGUGGGUUGUGGGCAAGCCUGUGCAGCAAUGCUGGCUGGGGACUGCACCUGUCUCUUCACAGGCUUCCCACAACAUUCUGCAGCCAAAGCCAUGGUUGCAGGGCACCUGGCAUCUCAGUUGAGGCACAGACUGAAAAAAACCCCUCAACCCUGCCAUUGAGAGGAGGGAUCCUCGUAAAAUGCUGCUUGCGACACAGGCAGACCCAGCGCUGCCAUGACAUGAUACCACAAUAUAAGAAAAAUAUUAAGCUGGUAAAGAGUGUCCAAAGGAGGGCAACCAAGAUGGCGAAGGUCCUUGAGGAGAAGCCAUACAAGGAGUGGCUGAGGUCACUUGGUCUGUCCAAACUGGAGGAGACUGAGGGGAGACCUCAUCAGUGCCUACAAUUUCCUCGUGAAGGGGAGGGACAGGUAUUGAUGUCUUUUCUCUGGUGACAUGACCCGAGGGACUGGCCUGGAGUUGUAUCAAGGGCGGUUUAGGUUGGAUAUUGGAAUAAAAUUCUUCCCCCAGAGGGUGGUUGGGCACUGGAACAGGCUCCCCAGGGAAGUGGUCACAGCACCAAGCCCGACACAGUUCAAGAAGCUUCUGGACAACGCUCUCAGGCACAUGGACUGUUGGGGCUGUCCUGUACAGAGCCAGGAGUCGGACUCGAUGAUCCCUGUGGUUCCUUUCCGAGUCAGAAGUUGCCGUAACACCGUCCCCUCCUCUCCGCUUUCGCAGCGCCUCCCGCCAUCGCCCCCUGCCGCGCCCCGCCGGCACCACAGCAAUAGUGGUCCCCACGGCGCCCGCGUGAGCCCGACGCCGACCGCGGCUGCCGCACAGGCCCACGGUGCCCUGUACUGUGGGGAACUCGGUGGCAGGAGCACAGCCAGCAGAAAUGUGACGAGGACAAAUAGCGCUCCCUGCUUCCUCAGCUGCCUGAAAAUCAAGCUACAGAUACUGACCUUCAAUCCAAAUAACGGAGGAAAAAUGCCAGCUUCUCUGAGAAAACUGCAGCAAAUGGCUGUUUUCAUGGGACUGUUCAGCAGCGGGGGAUGCAUCGUGAUGUAUAAUCUUAUGCAAAAAAAUUUUGCCAGGACUCAGUAUUACCAGCAAGCUUUGGAGCAACUGAACAGCAAUCCUAAUGCUCUGGAAGCCCUGGGUGCCCCCCCUCUUAAGGUUCACAACAUCCACCUGACAGAUGGGAGCAAUCGUGUGGACACAGAAAGAGCACGGCAGGUCAUGAGUCACCUGGGGGCACUGGAAGGAAGCAGGAUGGAAUACCAAUUGUUCUGGAAGAGGAAUGGAUUUCCAGAGCAUAAAUCUACUAGCCUAGAAACAGCAAGAGCAGCAUCUCCAUGUUGUGCUGUAUGGGCCCAUCACACAAUGCUGAGGAGCCUCUCAAGACAAUCAGUUCCCCCCUCACACUAUAAAGUUACUGGUCUCUGGAGCAAAAUCAGCAGGCUACCUCUACAUUAACUCAGAGAUGGACCACUCCCGUCAGUGCUGAUGCCUUCAGGAUGUCACCGUGAAACUGCGGGAUGGUCAGAAUAUUCCCGUUUACCACUCUACAGUGGAAAGCAUUGGUGUGCAAGAAGGCUAAAAAUCAGGGACAGCUGCAUCUCCUCCUCCCAUUGAGCCAAAGGAGCCAUUGCAUCCUGCUGUGUCUAUGAAUGUACACAGUUGUCACAAGUGACAGUUUCACUUAAGCUGGUGCUCUCAAGACGAUUUUCUCUCUAAGAUUUACCUCAUUAUUGUUGUAAUUGUAAUUUAUUUCUUUUGCUGGCUUAUUCACGUGUUUAACAGAAGCCUAAAAUAAAUAUCUUGCAAAAGAGUUGCUGUUGCAGAGAAGUCAUGUGUUAUGCCCUGUAUG